GGCUGCGCUAAGGGCCCGCCGGCAUGAGGAGGUCUGUCGAAGAUGCACUGGUCACCAGAGCAUGCCCAGUCCCUGAACCAGUGGCCGGAGCAGCACCUGGACGUCUCCUCCACGACCUCCUCGCCGGCCCACAAGACCGAGCUGUACCCCAGCGCCCGCCAGCGCUUCAACUACGCCUGGGCCAACGACGACAUCUCGGCGCUGACGGCCUCCAACCUGCUCAAGAGGUACGCCGAGAAGUACUCGGGGGUGCUGGACGCGCCCUACGAGCGCCCGGCCCUCGGCGCCUACGGGGAUGGCGCCUUCGGCCCCGUUAACGGGCAGAAGGGCGACGGGGAGCCCUGGCCAGGGGCGCACGGCUCGGAUGGCACCUACCCGCUGACGCCCAUCCACGACGGCCUGGCCGGUGCCAAGGGCGUGGUGCCGCCCGCAGUCCCUGCCGGCAGCGGGGCCAUCGGGCUGGGGGGCUCCCCGGUGGUGUCGGCGAACCUCAGCGACCCCGUGUACCCCGGGAACUCCUGUGGGGCGGCUGCCGCCGGCUCCGGGGCACUCGGGGCGUCCCAGGAGUACCCCUCAGGCUAUGGGGGCACCUACUUGCCCUCUGGCUACUGUGCCCAGCCAGCGGCAGCGCUGCCCCCGCCGCACCCUCCCGGCCUCCACAGCUCAGGGCUCCUGCAGCCUCCGCACCCCUCGCCCGCCCUGGUGCCCGGCUACGGCUCCUCGGGCCCCAUGUACAACUAUGCCAGCAGCAGCUACCCGCCACAGCCGGGCUACGGGGGCAUCCACCCGCCCCACCCCUCCGCCUCCUACCUGCCCUCGGGCAUCGCCGCGCCCACCCCCAUCCCGGCCCCGCCGCCCUCCGCCCGCCCGCCGGGGGUCCCUGCCUAUGGCUACCAGGGCGCUGGGCUGGGCGCCCUGGCCGUGCCGCCCCUGGGCACCGAGGCGGCGGGCACGCUGAAGAGGAAGGCGUUCGACAUCGGCGGGGAGGACGACGGCGAGGGCAGGUACAGGAAAUACAGCUACGAGCAGCCAAAGUCCCCCUACCCCCUGUCGGACAACGGCGAGUGCCGGGGCAACGGCUUCGGCAGCAGCGGCGAGUCCCCCCAGGUGCCCUUCAAGCCCGGGAAGCGGCCGGCGGGAGCUGGGAGCGCCGAAGAGCACAAGUACGGCGGGCAGCAGAUGAAGGGGAUGGUGUCACCAUCCUACGGUGCCAGGGACACCCCCCUGCGGCCGGCGGAGCCCUUCGAGAAGUUCAGCCCCCCCCUCGCCAACGGGGAGCGGGCGGCCGAGCCGGGACCCCCCUUCCCGCUGCGGCCGCCCCCCAAAGCGCUGGUGUUCGGCGGUUCCCCGCUGGAGGAGCAGCCCAAGAACAUCGACCCGCUGCUCCUGGAGCUGGUCAACGCCAAGGUGGUGGAGCGGGGCCCGCCGGUGCAGUGGUCGGACGUUGCCGGGCAGGUGUCGGUGAAGGCGGCCAUCGAGGAGGAGCUGCUGUGGCCCAUCCUGCGGCCUGGCUCCUACAGCGGCGCCAGCCACCCGCUGCGCACCCUGCUGCUCUUCGGGCCCCGCGGCACCGGCAAGGCGCUGCUGAGCCGCUGCAUCUCCACGCAGCUGGGCUCCACCCUGCUGCGGCUCAGCGGCGCCGCGCUGCUGUCCACCUGGAAGGCCGAGGCCGAGAAGAUCCUCCAGACCGUGUUCUUCGUGGCCAGCUGCCGGCAGCCCUCCGUGGUGCUCAUCACCGAGGCCGAGUCCCUGCUGGCGGCGCGGGCGGGCGAGGACGGCGGCCAAGCGAGCAACCUCAAAUCCCAGCUGCUCUCCUACCUGGACAACGUGGCUACCUCAUCGGAGCACGGCGUGGUGGUCAUCGGCACCACGGCGCGGCCCGGCAGCAUGGACGAGGCGUCGCACCGGCGCUUCGGCACGCGGCUCUACGUGGCGCCGCCGGAUGGCGAGGCGCGGCGCCACAUCCUGCGCCAGGCGCUGGCGCGGCAGAGCUGCUGCCUGAGCGAGCGCGAGCUGGCGGCCCUGGCGCAGCGCACCGAGAGCUUCUCGGGCGCCGAGCUGCUGCGGCUGUGCCAGCACGCCGGGGCCGCCGCGCGCCGCGCCGCGCCGGGGCCCCCGGCCUCCUACCAGGAGCUGGAGAAGGCCCUGUGCAAGGUGCGGCCUGCCCUGUCCCAGAAGGAGCUGGACUUGUUCCUCGAGUGGGAUAAGAUGUACGGCACCAGGCACUGAUGGAGUCGGACCCUGGGGCUGUGGGGAUGGACCCCAAAGCUGCAGGGACGGACCCCAAGGCCACAGGGACAGACCCCAAAGCUGCAGGGACAGACCUCAAGGCCACAGCAAUGGACCCCAAGGCCACAGGGACGGACCCCAAGGUCACAGGGAUGGACCCCAAGGCUUCAAGGACAGACCCCAAGACCACAGGGAUGGACCCCAAAGCUGCAGGGAUGGACCCCAAGACCACAGGGAUGGACCCCAAGGUCAGGGGGGCAGACCCUGAGGCCGUGGGGGCAGAUCCCAAAGCCAUAGGAUGGACCCCAAGGCUGUGGGACAGACCCUAAGGCCACAGGGAUGGACCCCAAGGCUGCAGGGAUGGACCCCCAAGGUCAGAGGGACAGACUCCCAAGGUCACAGGGACAGACCCCAAGGCUGUAGGGAUGCACCCCAGUGUCAGAGGGAUGGACCCCAAGUCUGCAGGGACGGACCCCAAAGCCACAGGGACAGACCCCAAAGCCAUGGGAUGGACCUCAAGGCCAUGGGGACAGAUCCCAAGGCCAUGGGGACAGACCCUGUGGCCACAAGGAUGAACCCCAAGGUCAGAGGGAUGGACCCCCAAGACCACAGGGAUGGACCCCAAGGUCAGAGGGAUGGACCCCAAGGUCAGGGGGACAGACCCUGAGGCAGUGAGGACAGACCCCAAAGCCAUGGGACGGAGCCCAAGGCUGUGGCACAGACCCCAAAGCCACAGGGACAGAUUUGGGACAUGGAUUGGGGUCCCUGGGGGCUCUGGGUCUCUCAGUGGGGUUGGAUCCCCCCUCACAUCCCUCACCUCUCCCCUUUGGGACCCCCAGGAUUUCCCCCACGGGGCAGCCUCGCCCACCGCUCAGGAUAAGCUAUUUAUUGUUCUUUAUUGUUCUCCCGACCCUCCGUGCCUGCAGCGGGGCUGGAGGGUCCCGACAUCGCAUUCAGGAGCUCCCCGCCCGCCCCAAAAGCUUUAUUGCCAUUUGUUUUAAAAUUGAUUUUAUUAUUCCCAACAGAAAUACCUCGGGUGUCCUCGGAGCCCCUUCUCACCUUGAUCAGGGAAAGGGGGAGAUGCCCAAAAACCAGGGAAUUUCACCCCAAAACCAGGGAAUUUCACCCCAAAACAAGGAGGUUGCACCCCAAACAAUGGGUUACACCCCAAACCAAUGUGUUACACCCCAAAACCAAUGGGUUACACCCCAAAACCAGGAGGUUUUGGAGUAAAAUGCUGUAGAUUGUUGAAUAUCCUAGACUUGGGUUUUUAUUUUUGUAAGGUCUGUAGUGUUUUUUGUUUGUUUGCUUGUUUUCUUUUUUAACUACUCAGGAAAAGAAUUACCUCAGAAAAAAACUAAAGAAUGUUUUUUUAAAAACACUUUUUAUCUUCUCAGAAAAGGAAAAAAGGAGAUUUUUUUAAGGAGUUUUCCCACCUGGGACAAAGCUGCCUCCUGCAUUUGCUUCCAAAGGGGGUGAAGAAAGGAAGAAAUAAAAGGAGAAAUAAACUUGAAGCUGUUACAAAGAUGAAAUUUGAAUGUAUUUCAGGUGCUUUCCACAUAUAUAAUGCCAUAAUUUUAUUUGAGAUUUUGUUUAACAUCGUUUUUCGUAGCGUUUGGUGGAGUUUCGUGUCUUCAAUGGAAAGUUUAGUGCUGUAGCUUGGGAGCUGUCGCUGGCACCACUUUUUGGAGCAAAUUGGGCAAAUCCCCCCCUUUCCCCCCAAAAACAAGCCCAGCAGGGCUGAGUGAGGGGCUUUGCACAGAGCAUGAACCCCCAGCCCAUCCACGAACCCUUUUUAUUGGGGAUUUCCCCAUUAAAAAAAAUAUUUUUAAUUAUUUUUAGUGCUCUAAAGGCCUCCCCUUAGAGCAGCCCCCCAAACCUCAGGGUCUGCCAGGUUUUUCCCCAAUUUUUCCCAAUUUUCCCAAUUUCUUAUUGCAUCCAGGGCAUUACCUUUUGCCUCCCACCUCCAAAAAGUCGUGCUGGAUUCCUGAAGACUUAUUAUUAUUAUUAUUAUUAUUAUCCUGUUUGUACACUCUCUGUAACCAUUUCUACCUCAUUUUGCAACAUGUUUGUACAUGAAAGUAUUUAAUUCAUGUCUUAUUGA